AUGACUAAUAAGUUGUCCGCCGAUAACCCGUUGCCGACUACCGGCCAAACUGUCGUUGAUUUGCCGCCAACUCAUGUGUGCCGUAUCGACGGCUGUGGUCUCGAGUUUACCAUUGAAUACACACUUAUCGCACACCAGAGGGCUGUCCACAAGACAACGGCGCCAACCGUUCACUUCGGGUACGACACGAGUGGUGUCGGCGGCAGUGAUAGCGCCGUUGGUUUAGCCGCCGGUAGUCCUAAACCCAAACGCAAAGGCAAUCCGUUUUAUAAGUGCAGCGAAUGUUACGAAACGUUUGACACAAAAGCCGAUCUGAAGAGCCAUUGGCGGGACUUAACGGCUCACUUGACGGGCGGUCCGCCGGCCGGUGCUCUCCACUGGUCUGCGGCGCCAUUCAAACCGUAUGACUGUUUGAAUGACGGCUGCGGCCAAUUAUACGUGACUCUACAGGCGCUGAAAAUACACCGACGGUCUGUCCAUUCGGCCCCUACUAAGCAGUACGGGUGCGACGGCUGUACCAAAACAUAUUAUACCAAACAUAUGCUCGAAAAGCAUUGGCUGACUGUCCACUCGGCGGUCACGGAUGUGCUACAGGCGUCCAAUGAGUCCGUUGUUAUGGACACUACAGUAGCUGAUGAUAGACCGGUAGAGACCACGACUGUCCUACCGGUGCACUCAAUCACUGUUACCAUUAAUCCAAACAACAGUGCUAUAAACUCUGAUCGCGAAGUAAUAGAUGUAAUGACCAAACGGUACGACUGUCUGAACGCCGGCUGCGGCCAAACGUUCACAACUAAACGGGCGAUAAGAAUACACCAACUUUUUGACCACUCGGACGUUGGCGGACAGUAUUGGUACGACUACUGCACCAAAACAUAUGAUGGCAACAAACAGAGGCUGACUGUCCACUCGGCGGCCACUCAUGUUAACUUCCCGUCCGUUUCUAUGGAUACUACAGUAGCCGCUGAUUGA